AUGAGUGGUCACAAAGCUACUUGGGCGGUACAACAAUUACUUCCUCCAGCUUUAUUAACCUACUUCUUUUGGGCAUGGAAGAUAUGUACAUUUGAGAUUGGUCCUACUUUCAUCGGCAAGACUCUUCAACACCCCCUGUUAGGUGCUACAUACUCUGCAUUUGCUUCAAUUUCACUCGGUACACUCACAUUACUUUUUCUCCGACUUUAUCUCCUUCCUUCUCGUCAAGGUAUCCCUCCACGUGAUCCACCAGAUGAUAUUCAACUCCGACGUGUCAUAUUCCAAGUUUCAAGACCUCCGGAAUAUCCGGGUGAUGUCAAAAUAGAAAGAUGUUAUAAAGAUGAAUGUAAGGGAAGGUGGAAACCUGCUAGGACGAGACAUUGUUCUACGUGUAAAGUUUGUAGAGUAGGGUAUGAUCAUCAUUGUGCUUUUUUCGCAAAUUGUCUCACUGCACCUUAUAUCCCUCUAUUCCUCACUCUUCUUCUCUUCUCACCUCCCAUUUUCUUCCUCCUCUCCUUACCCCUUCUCAAACCUCUGACUACACGUACCUUCAAAGCAUACCAUUUAUCCAGGACAGAUCCAACAUUGAAAGAAUGGUGGGCAUGGUCAUGGUCAUGGAUAUUACCUGCUGGUCCUGUAGGUUGGAGAAGAUUAGACGUAUUAGAUCCAGAAAAGGAUUCAAGAGCAGGAGUUACGGUGAUGGUUUUAGUAGGAGGGUUAUUAUCAUUAAUUUGCUUAGCUCUACUCAUUUCUUCAUUCCUAUUAAUCCAAGACGGUCGUUUAGCAGUAGACAGAGGUCGUCAACUUUCUCAUAUGAAAAUCCAAAAAACCAUUCUCAAACUUCAAUCUAAAUCUCAACCCAUCCCUACAACCCUCCAACAAUCUCUGUUAGAACUAUCCGAACAAGAAUGGUUUUUCGUACCACUCGGUCCACCAGGUCAGGGGGAGAUCGUCUUCACUUUACCCGAUGUAAAACCGUACGAUCAUGGUAGUAAGAGAAAUAGAGAAUUGGUAGGUUUGAAAGGAUGGUGGUUCUUACCUUGGAAAGCUAUGAAAGCUACGGAAUUGAAUGUUUGGAAUUGGGAGUUAGCAGAAGGGGUUCAAAUUAGGUUGAGGGAAGAGGCGAAGAUGAUGAGAUUGGAGCGGAUGAGGGAAGGGGAGGAGUACGAUUGA